AAAUUGUUGUAUUAAAUUGUUAUAAACAUUUUGUUUUAGUGAUUCAAAGAUGGCACCUAAUAUUUCAACUACAAAAACAAAAAUACUUACGGAGGAAGAUUUUCAAAAAAAUGAAUCUUUGACUACAAAAAUAAUAAACGAUGAAAAUGAUACGCAAUACAAACGCGAAGUUUACGUAAAAACUGAAAAAUGGUUCACGAUGAAGCUAAAAUGGAAGAAUAUUAUAUUUAUUAGUUUACUUCAUAUAUCAUUUGUAUAUGUUUGUUUUACUUUUAAAUUUUUCGAAAAUCUGAAGACACUCGCGUGGAUUUUCAUCAUGUAUCUGAUAGGAGGUAUCGGCGUUACUGGCGGUGCUCAUCGUUUCUGGACUCACCAUGCUUACAAGGCAAAGUGGCCACUUAGGAUUAUACUUGUCAUUAUGUACUCCUCGAGUGGCCUGAAUAAUCUUUAUGAUUGGGUGCGAGAUCAUCGGGUGCAUCACAAAUAUACGGACACGGAUGCGGAUCCACAUAACAGCAAUCGCGGAUUCUUUUUCUCGCACGUUGGCUGGUUAAUGAUGAAGAAAAAUUCGGAAGUCAUCCGAAGAGGUCGUGAAACUGAUAUGAGUGACCUAUUGACAGAUCCUAUUGCCAUAUUUUGUUGCAAACAUUAUUCAAUAUUCAGAUUUGUCUUCGCUUUUUUACUUCCCGUAAUGAUGCCUGUAUAUGGAUGGAAUGAAACUUUAUACAGAGCGCUCGUAUCGCAAAUUAUAAUUCGUUACACCCUGCUUCUAAACAUCAUAUGGAGCGUUAAUAGUGCAGCUCAUAUCUGGGGUUCAAAACCAUAUAAUGGAAAUAUUAAUCCAACCGAGAAUUGGUUGAUCGCCUUUUUCGGGGGUGGUGAAGGAUGGCACAAUUAUCAUCAUGUCUUCCCUUGGGAUUAUAAGGCUGCUGAGUUGGGUAGUUAUAUGUUCAACUUAACUACGAUGUUUAUUGAUUUUUUCGCAAAAAUAGGUUGGGCAUACGAUCUUAAACAACCCUCGGAAAAGCUUGUAAGAAACACAGCGAUAAAAAAAGGUGAUGGCAGUCAUUCUUUAUGGAAUGCUACGUCACAUUCAGAUAAUAAAAUUGAAUAAUUAAAAUUAAUAUCAUCUCCAUGUUGAGUUUUA